AUGACACACAUUGAAACCCAUAUUAUUAUUGAUGCUCCACCAGAGAAGGUGAGAGAUGUGCUUUUCAAUUACCAAGACUACAAGAACUGGAACCCCUUCUUUGUCAGUUUCCAAAAGUACACAAACACAAAGGUCCCAGAGUUGCAUGUUGGUGAUGAGCUACAGAUUGAUAUGAAGUUGAAAGAUACACAUCAUACCAGUACCAUGUAUCCCAAGAUAUUGGAGAAAACAGAUUAUAAACUCAAAUGGAAAGGUGUUUUGUUGAGUGCUUGGGUCUUUUACGGGGUACACACUUUUGAAAUCGAUCCACUCAACGAUGAAGAAGAAGAAGAAGAAGAAGAAGAAGAUAAUGAUAGUAAUAAAGAUGACGAUAACGACGCGAGUUUGGUCAAACACAAAGAUAGCCAUGUACACCAAGUGAAAACUGCAAGAGCAAAAUCAGCAACCAAGACUGCUCAAAAAACCAUAUUUGGCCAACUGGAACAGUUUGGUGGGUUACUAGUUUACGUUUUGCAAAUAUUGGGCGUGUAUAGAAAAACCCAAGAAUCGUUUAAAUUGUUUAACGAAGCAUUAAAGGAACAAGUGGAAAAGAGUUUGUGA